GUACUUAAUGAGCAGGGUGACCUGAAUGGGGUUUUGGGUCGCAUAGAACAAUGUGGAUCCUCACUGGAAGCAGUUUGCAUUUGGGAUGAACAUUCCUCCCCUGCCAGAUUUCUUCAGGUGGGGGCUGACAACAUCCUGUUGGUGUGACCAAUAGAUCAGUUUCAACCCUUCUGGUUCACAAUGUCACAGGUCCCUAUGUGAAAUGUUUGAUAGAUUUCACAGAUUCUUUCAUGUCCCAGAGCAUGUAGUGCAAUAGAAGGUAAAGUGCUUAAUCAGCCUGUUUGUGUUACAGUUGCAGCCGUUGCGACUCACAUGAACUUUGAACUGAACAACCUGGAGCCGACUGUUUGUCUCAUUAACAACGUGAUUGGUUUAAAACCUGAGGCCUUCGACCUGAUCCUCCUGGGUGACAUGUUCUACGACCAGGCCCUCGCCACCAGCCUUCACAGCUGGUUGGACCGUUGCAUCGAAGUCCACGGCACCGAAGUCCUGAUCGGAGACCCGGGAAGAGCCCAGUUUGAGGAGCACGGCAUCCGACGACUCCUGUGUCAGUUGGCUCAGUUCGAGUUGCCCGAGUCCGUCAGAGAGGAGAACUACGGUCUGACCUGCAGCGGUGUUUGGAGCUAUCGUCCUGAACUCUGAGGAACUCUGUAAUUAAUGUACUCAGCUGCAAAGGACUGCAUGAGGUGUUAUGGGAUUACUUUGUAGUUAUACACUCAGGGUCACUCAGUUUUCAUUAGUUGCUUCACCAGUGGUGAAAAACAACUGCCGAUACUUCCUGAUAUUUGUUCAAUACCCAGGAUGCACAUAAACAGUAUAAUAAAGAAAAGUCUGGAUAA